CUAGCUGCUCUGAGCACGGUCAGAACGUCCGUCUCAGUUCUCUGACCAGCUCUUUCACCGCUUGAUCACCACAACAACACCUCCGGCUUUUAUACUCCUACUUCCUUUCACAUGUAUUUUUACUCUUUAAACAAAUGAAACACAACAACACGUAGCAUCACUCUCAAUAUGAAAAUGCAGUAUAAUACCCAUAACAAUCCAUGUAGCUCUCAGACGUCAAACACUAUCAACUAUGUGAGUUUUUUUAAGACCACUGACUGCUGUCCUUCACCAAAGUUCAUAGACCUCAUCAAUCCAAACACUGUCCUUUCUGGAAUAACGUCCUGUUUUGGGCACACCCCACACUUUGGGAACCAGUGGUUUAAUGGAACUAUGAGACAUGCUAGCAGGUUUCACACCAAAAGUCUGCAUCUCCAGAGGUCACACACUGCUGACUGCAGCUGACCGUCGUGGUGCGAGGUGAGGCUCAUUCUCCUCUGUGAGCAAGAGGAUCAAACCCUGUCCAACAAAUGGAAAGAAUAGAAUAAUAGAGCGGCCGACUCUGACAUGGGGUGACAGCGACUCCUGCGGCUGACCUUUCCUCCUCACCCCCUCUUCUCCUCCCUCUUGCACUUUGGUUUUUUCCAAAAAAGACACAGAACCAUCUCUGUACCCAGCAGGUCACACCUCACUCUGAAGUGUUACUCCCACACCAAGUCCCAAGAAUCACAGCUGCCGAGGAUUUUCCACAAGACUUAAAAUUAGCAGGAGAUGGUGGGCUGCCACCCCUGACCCACCCACCCAUCUGCAAGGAUCAAACCUGGGUUGGAUGCUCCUUGUUGCCAAACUUGGACACUUGGAUCUCAGACACUCAGCUGAUCUGUUAGCCUGCUGAUGAAGGAAACACAUUUUUCAUAUGUUAUGUUCUUGUCUGUGAGUUAUUUGUCACAUUGACAUCAGUUUAUUUAUAUUUUACAGUAGAAGGAAGAUUUUUUUUUCCAAUUUUGUCAACUCAUGGAGCAGAGCUUUACAACUGCAUUUAUGGCACCCCCUGCAGCAUCCCGUCACCAGCAUCACCAGGUGCAGCGGUGAUUGAGAGAGAGAGACAGAGAGAGAGAGAGAGAGAGAGAGUCAGUCUACCAAGGUGGCAGGAUUGGAGUGGGAGCCUCUGCUCUGUCAGACAUGCGCAGGAGCGUCACCACCGUCAGCAUCACCAUCACCAUCAGCAGCAGCAGCACCGCUGCUCUGCGUUUCCGCCUUGGCUGAGCGGCACGCACGGCCGUGAGGGGAGGGCAGCGGAGCCGAGAGAAGGAGUGGAGCUACUACAAGCCGCAGUGGGAGCAAACACCUCACGGACUCCGUGCGAAUUAAACCCGCAUCCAGCAAUUACACCUGGAAGGAGGGGACCCGCAAACACAGGCAGAGAGAGAGAGAGACAGAGAGAGAGAGAGCAGUGCGCACCAGCUCGGUCCAGCAUGGAGACUGCGAUAAACAGCAAGCAGUGAAAAUGUGAGAUGCACAGAUGUGCGCGUGAAUGCAUGUGUGUCUGUGUCUGUGUGUGCGUGCGACAGUAUAAAGUAUAACCCCCUGCUGUGUCUCUUGCGGGUGAUUUCCAUUCUGUGCUCCGCAGUCUCAAAUUAGAAAAAAAAAUGAAGAAGUUCAACAUCAGGAAGGUGCUGGACGGACUGAAGGAGGUGUCCUCCUCCACCCCCUCCGUCCAAGUGGGACCACAGGAGAACCAUCUGAUCCAGGAGACCCUCCAGUCCGAGCAUUUUCAGCUCUGCAAGACUGUCCGUCAUGGCUUCCCCUACCAGCCGUCGGCCAUGGCUUUUGACCCAGUCCAGAAGAUUCUGGCCAUCGGCAGCCAGAGUGGAGCUCUCAGAUUGUUCGGACGUCCAGGUGUGGAGUGUUACUGUCAGCACGAGAGCGGAGCGGCCGUCAUCCAGCUGCAGUUUCUCAUCAAUGAGGGGGCACUGGUGAGCGCAUUGGCCGACGACAGCGUCCAUCUGUGGAACCUGAGGCAGAAGAGACCGGCCAUCCUUCACUCCCUUAAGUUUAACAGAGAGAGAAUAACUUACUGUCACCUGCCCUUCCAGAGUAAGUGGUUGUACAUCGGCACCGAACGAGGGAACAUCCACAUCGUCAACGUGGAGUCCUUCAUGCUCUCAGGCUACGUCAUCAUGUGGAACAAAGCCAUUGAACUGUCCUCUAAGGCUCACCCUGGACCAGUUGUUCAUAUAAGUGACAACCCCAUAGACGAGGGGAAGCUCAUAAUUGGAUUUGAGUCUGGGAUCGUGGUCCUGUGGGAUCUGAAAUCAAAGAAGGCAGACUAUCGCUACACUUACGACGAGGCGAUCCACUCAGUUGCCUGGCAUCACGAGGGCAAGCAGUUCAUCUGCAGUCACUCAGACGGAACUCUGACCAUAUGGAACAUCAGAGGCCAGGGCAAGCCCAUCCAGACAAUCACCCCGCAUGGAAAACAGCCCAAGGAUGGGAAGAAGCCGGAGCCGUGUAAACCCAUUCUCAAAGUAGAGUACAAGACCACCAGGAAUGGGGAUCCGUUCAUAAUCCUGUCUGGCGGUCUGUCCUACGACACGGUGGGCCGGCGGCCUUGUCUAACGGUGAUGCACGGAAAGAGUACAGCUGUACUGGAGAUGGAUUAUCCCAUCGUAGAUUUCCUCACGCUUUGCGAGACACCGUACCCUAACGAUUUUCAGGAACCUUACGCUGUGGUGGUGCUCCUGGAGAAGGAUUUAGUGGUGAUUGACCUUGCACAAAAUGGUUACCCCAUAUUUGAAAACCCCUAUCCUCUAACUAUCCACGAGUCUCCUGUGACCUGCUGCGAGUACUUUGCCGACUGCCCCGUGGACCUCAUACCUGCACUUUACUCUGUGGGCUCUCGACAAAAGCGACAGGGAUACAGCAAAAAGGAAUGGCCUAUUAGUGGUGGAAACUGGGGUCAAGGCACACAGAGCUACUCAGAGAUCAUCACCACUGGACAUGCUGAUGGAACUGUGAAGUUCUGGGAUGCCUCCGCAAUAAUGCUCCAGGUGCUCUACAAGCUUAAAACUGCUAAGGUGUUUGACAGAAACCGGUCCAAGGAAGACAAGGGCAGCGCGGACGCGUCAGACGAAGACCCCUUCGCCAUUCAGAUCAUGGCCUGGUGCCCCGAGAGCCGUAUGCUCUGUGUGGCCGGAGUGUCGGCCAACGUCAUCAUCUACCGCUUCAGCAAGUUAGAAGUCACCACAGAGGUGCUGCAGCUACUAGAGGUGCGACUUCAGUACGAGCUGAAUGACACAGAGUCUCCAGACGGAGGCGGAGGAGGUGAACAGACGUCGGCACUCACAACACCCGGAGCCUCGCCUCAGACGAGCGGCCCGCCUUCACAUCCCUCCACCAGCAGCAACAACUCUGACGGCGGCAACAUUCCCUGUCUGAAGGUGCGCAGUACUCCUCUGAAGCAGUCUCCAGGUUACCAGGUAGAUUUAGUCGUCCAGUUAGUGUGGGUGAGUGGAGAGCCCCCCCAACAGAUCACAAGUCUGGCCCUCAAUUCCUCCUAUGGCCUAGUGGUGUUUGGCAACAGCAACGGCCUGGCGGUGGUGGACUACGUCCAGAAGACAGUAGUUCUAAACUUGGGAACGGUCGAGCUUUACGGCUCCAACGACCCCUACCAGAGGCAGCCGCGGUCGCCAAGGAAGACGAGGCAGCCUUCAGGAGGGUUGUGCGACAUCAACGAGGGCUCGGCCACGUCGGAGGAUCGCUGCAAGUCUCCUACUUCAGCAAAGAUGUCACGGAAAUUAAGCUUGCCUACUGAGCUAAAGCCAGACUUGGUCCUCCUGUCUGUAUGCCCGCCGCGGGGUGCAAACCCAUUAGACCACCGGGACAACUCCUUCAGCCGCUCCCGCUCCUCCAGCGUCACCAGCAUCGACAAGGAAGCCCGGGAGGCCGUCAGCUCCUUCCACUUCUGCGAGACCUUCGCUCGAAAGGGGGACUGCGCUUUGACACACUGCCUGCACGUGGGUACGUCCCUAGGAACCGUGCUGGCUCUUGCUAUUACGCUACCACCUGCUGGGGAGCAGCGGCAACUGCAGCCGGUUAUCAUGACUCCUACAGGAAUGCUGGUGCGACUGAAGGGCAGCAUCUUACGGAUGGCCGUCCUGGAUUCCACAGGGUCACAGCUUCCCCCUGCCCACGAGCCGUGGUUUGAACCCAACGUCACAGCCGACGGCGAGGAGAGAGAGAAGGUCCGCAAGCGCCGGCCCGUCUCCGUGUCCCCGUCCACAUCACAAGACCUCAGCGAGAGCCAGUACGCCGUGGUGUGCUCGGAAAAACAGGCCAAAGUCAUCGCCCUGCCCUCACAAGUCUGCAUCUAUAAACACAGCAUCACAGAAACCUCCUUCAUCCUGCGGGCGGACGUGGUGCAGAUGAGCCAGGGCGUGUGUCUGGCUUGUUUCUGUGCCAACGGCCACAUCAUGACCCUCAGUUUACCUGGACUCAGACCUCUUAUGGAUGUGAACUACCUGCCUCUGACCGACAUGAGGAUAGCCAGGACGUUUUGCUUCACAAACCUCGGUCAGGCCAUGUACCUCUGCUCCCCCACGGAGAUCCAGAGGAUCACCUACAGCCAGGAUACCUGUGAAAACCUACAAGAGAUGCUGGGAGAACUUUUCACACCUGUGGAAACACCAGAAGCUCCAAACAGAGGGUUUUUCAAGGGUCUCUUUGGUGGAGGAGCUCAGUCACUGGACAGGGAGGAGCUGUUCGGUGAAAUAACCGCAGGAAAGGCAUCUCGAAGCCUGGCUCAGCACAUCCCAGGACCUGGUGGCAUCGAGGGCAUGAAGGGGGCAGCGUCCGGCGUGGUGGGAGAUCUGGCACGUGCCCGGAUAGCACUGGAUGAAAGGGGUCAGAAGCUGGGCGAGCUGGACGAGAGGACGGCCGCCAUGAUGGCCAGCGCAGAUUCUUUCUCUAAACAUGCCCAUGAGAUGAUGCUAAAGUGCAAGGACAAGAAAUGGUACCAGUUCUGAUCAGUGACAGGACAGGAGCCGAGCUCCGGGGACAAGACCAUCACUUCCAUGAUCUCAUACAGACUCAUCGUGACUCCCUCCGUCUUUUAUCCCGACCCUCCAAGCCUUCUUCACUGAGACUCUCGGGAGUUCCGUCCCUAGCACAAUGUUUAAAUACUGUUUUUACCUCAGUCUCACCGUGGAACUGAGGGCCAGACAAAGGAGAAGGACAAAGACAAACUCGGAGGGAACAAAAUGAAGGUGUCCUUUUUGAUUUAUUUUCUUUUUCUUUUGUCUCUCACCUGAAGAGUCUUCAUUCUCAUUUGCCAAAAGCAUCCUUUAAUAUGUUGGCGUCUGUGGAGGGCAGUAUUUAAACCGGCGUAUAUGGCUGGAGGAAAAAAAAAAAGACCUAAUGACGUUUUUUUUUUAAGUGCAAAAGAAGAAAAAGAAAUCUAAAUAUAUCAUAGUAUAUACAUAAUUCAAAUCAAUGUGCAAUGACGUCUCUGGAUACUGUAUUGAGGAGACGGGGGGCGGGGGUGCAGGGGGAGCCAAGGAGGCGGUAAGAAGGAGAUCCAGUUUGAUGGAGACGCCUCCUCUAUGCAGAAAGUGGCGGCGGUGAAAAAACCUCCUCUGUGGUUCACUGGAUAUCUCCUCAUCUCAACAAAGACUCCGGACUUUCCUCCGUAUCUUACGACCUUUUUUUGUAUUUGUUACCAUUAAUGUGCAUCUCUUCGUUUCUUAUUUAUCUUUGGUUUCCACCCCUCUACCUGUCAUGUGUUGGCCUUUUGGCUCUGUCUGUAAUAUCUGGAAAAACUCUUAUUUUUCUAUUGUUGUGAAAGUGGACAACGGUCUGAAUUGAGGAAAACCUUUUACUGUGGCUUUUGUUUAGAUUAAUUUAUCUUAAUGUAAAGGGCUGGAAUCUAAGAGGAGGGCAAGGGUUAAUAUAUAUAUAUAUAUACACACACACACAUAUAUAUAUAUAUAUAUAAAAUAUUUCUUUUAAUAAGCCACAGACCUGAAAACAUAUAUGAAUGAGUCACAUUUCUGUUAAUCUUCAGAAUAUAAAAGUACGCUCACGGUGCACAACCUGCCAAAUACCUUUACAAAUUAUUUUACAUAUCAUCUAAUUCUGGAUUAUAAUUAUACUCAGAUUUAAAUUAUUAUUAUUGCUAUUGCCGGUUAUUUUUUUCUUUUCUUUCUUCUUCUUAAAAGUAACCUAGCAAAAACAUCUCGUUGGUGUGCGUCCACAUCAGUCAACAAAUACGAUACUUUUCUGAUCCUAUGAGAAUUAUUUAAAUAUAAUCACAGUAUAUUUAAACCAUAAUUACCAGCACAUACAGUACCAUGUGUAAAUGUGAAGAUCAGCAGAUGAUGUCAUGUUUUCCUAAUAAUUAUGGGAAAAAAAGAUCAAUUCAUGAAACUUCAGAAUGACCUCAUUUUUUUGACAAUUUGGCUUUUUCCAGCGAACUAUUUGAAUAAUUGACAAUAAACAUCGUCAGUAAUGGAUCAUUUAUAAAGAGACCUCCGGGGGUCUCCUCCAGCUCUAUGGGAAUGGCUUUAGGAAUAUUAAAAACUACCUAUUUUUUGCAUAUUUCUGAAGCUCAGUAUCUGGACAAAACAGAUUCCAUGUUUAUAAAUGUUGGAGAACAGAACAUGAACCGGUUAGUCCCAGUUCCAGUGAGACAGUUGGACCAUGACUGUAUUUAUGAACAGAUGUUUUUGGUGUCAGAAACGCCCACCGUCACUUGUGUUUCGUUGCUCUAUCCAUGUUUGCAGAAAACACCCAGAUGUGAUGUCUCACACACACACACACUGUCUUUUGACCUUUCUUUGUAUAUAAGUAAAUAGUUAGACAAUCUAAGACCAACUGGGGGCAUAAAUGUCAAGGUUGCCCGGAGCAACAAAAGAGGAGAGAGGCCAUAUUUUUUCUGACGCCAAAGAGUUGCUUUAGCUUUGUCACUGCACUUUUCAUUUAGCCGGUCGCACCACGACUUCUUCACACCGGCGUGGUCCCGUUUACUUUUGGAAAAAGUCGUCAUUAUCACUCUGUCAGGGUUUAAGACACGGAGCAGGUUGCAAUGAAACUCGGCCAUUUAUAAUAAGACUGCGUCACGGUCCGUGAAAUGUUUAGUGUUUUAAAACAAAUGGGGGAAAAAAACAAACCCUGAACCACUCAGUACGACUCUACGGUCUCUACGACAUUUGAAGUAUUCAUCGUGUGAAUGUGUGUUUACGUCUUACUGUGUGAUAGGAUGUGUUUAUGUGGAUUGGAUUAAUUUCCUUAGAUGUUUAUUUAUUUGGUUUGUUUGUUUCAGUUGAUUAUUAAGUGAUUUCUCUGUCUUAGCCUUAGCCGCCCCACCAUCAGCCGUCCACCUGUGUCCAGUUCACUGUCUCUUACACUGGACAAAGCCACCAGUGAUGACAUCAGAUGGCGACCUCUGACCUCUGGUUUGAUUUAUCUGCAUCUUGCUCUCAUAUUCCUACAAAUAUGGCCUUCUUGUGUUUAGUAACUGUCGUCGUGUGGAUGUGGGUAGGUAGUGCUGUCUUUCUAUCACCAGGGAAAAAAAAGAGUCAAAAGAUUUUUUCAAGUACACACCUAAAAGAAAAACAUUCAUUGUCUCUCCUUCCAACCCAGCUGCUAUGUGUUAAUUUUUAAAAUGUUCUCUCUGUUUUCUCCCCCUUGUAUUAUUGAUUUGUUUUCGUCUAUACAGUACAGUAUGUGUUAUUCUCACCUAGAGCGAUGAAAUCCACACACUUCAGACAACCAGAGGGAGUCCUGUCUGUCUGCCAUAUGCCGUCUUCUGUCCCUGGUCCCACAAAUAUCAGUCAGUGAGUUGCAGUAUUUUUUUUUGUUUUGUUUUUCUCUCAUUGUAGCUAAUCUUUCUUGUACAGUUUUAUGCAACUUUCACAUGGAUGUUUAUGACUUUAUCUGCUGCCACAAAAAUUUAGAAAUUCUGUAGAUAGAGAUUACUGUGCAAUGGAAAAUAAAAGUGGAAAAAGCAA